AGGGGGAAAAGAGGGGCAGGGGGGUGAGAAAAAUUGACUGGUUGUUUAGGAAUAUGUGUGUGCUCAAACCUGUGUGAGCACUGGUGGAGGGCAGGGCUGCUGGGAGCCCGUCUUCGGCUCGGUCCUGGUCGGAUCCGGGAUGAGGCACCAGCCGUGACCCCGUUUUUGACCGCGGAAUCCGCUUUUGGUUGUCGGGACCAGCACAAAGUGCUCUUCUCAACACACCUGCGCCCUCACCGCUGCUGCCGGGUCCUGCCUGCGCCCCUGCGCCGGCCGGGGGCUCCUGCACCGGGCUGAUGGGUGGGGGGAUGCCCGGGAGGUACCGGGGGGGGACCCCGCCCGGGAGCGGUGGGGUGGUCGGGGCCGGGAUUGGCCGGGGUGGUCUGGGGCUGGGUGGGGACCGUGCCUGUAAAAACGAAAGCUGGCGGCUCGCCGGACAAACUAAACUUGUCCGGGCGGGAGUCGGCGGGGCGGCAGGACGAGCGGGCGCUGCAGGUGGUGGUGCCCGUACCCGUGCCCGGUCACUCGAGAGAAGAGAGGUGCAGGUCCCUGCAGUCCCUGAUGCAGAGGAAGAGGUGAAGAAAGAAGGUGCUGCUGGGCCUCCUUCCACCACUUAAAAAAAAGGAGACAGAGGGGAAGUCGCUGAUGGAUGGAGCAAGAGCUCUGCCCAACACCUCCGACACUGCAGGUGGAUCUCCCAGCUCUGCUGAGACAUGGGAGGAGGAAAAGGAGUAUGUCACAGCUUCAGAGGACAAUGCAGAGCCCUCAGCUCAUCGUGGAGCUGGUGACUCUGCUGAAGUGGUUCCUCUGCUGAAGAAGAAAGAGAACAAGAGUAAAGCAAAGAAAUAUACGUCCAUCUCUGGGGGACAGGACACUCUGCCUCCUCAAACCAGAGAGUUGCCUGACACCUAUGUUGUUCCUCAGGAAAUCCAACACCCCGGCUGUGAGGGAGCAAACCCAGGUGCUGAUGGAUGCACUGGUGCCAGUGGAGAUGCACCUGAAGGCAACAGGAAUUUGGCACACGUGGGGAAGGAAGCUGGCAGCCCGGAAGCAGAAAUGCUGAGCCUUGCAGAGCAGAGCAGCAUAGCCAGGGCCGCAGUCCCAAGGAACAAGGUGGGGGAUGGAACAGCCAGGGGUAAUGUGGAAUGGGGCAGCGGUGCCCUUGACCAGCUGCCAGCAGCCACAGCAGGUUCCCAGGCCUGGGGCAGCAGCAAGGAGCUGCUGUCAGCAGAGCAGGAAGCGAGUUCCUUUGGGCUGCCUCCUGCCAAGGAAGUCCCCCAAAGCAAGCCUGAAACCAAGACCUCCCCUGGGGCUCAGAGCCCGCAGGCUGGGAAGGAGCCCAGGCAGGAAGGGACCAGUUCCACUGUCAAGCAUGCAAACACAAAAGAGAAAAAUCUGACCCCAUGUGCGAAAAUGCCCAACAUGAGUGAGAAGACAAGUUGGAGCCAAGGAGCAGAGGCUGCCAGAAAGGAGGGUGCUGUGGCUGCAGCAGACAGCCCCAAGAACAAAAAGGAACAAAGGAACCAUAAACCUGUGGAAAAGGUUAAAGAAAGUUCUGUGAGCCGCAAUGAGGGUGUUACAGUGCAUUUCCAUGCAAUAUUAUCCAAAGACUUCAAGCUCGACCCCGAUACCCAUAAAGUGUUCAUCAGGGCUCAGGACAUCCCUUCCUAUGCUGACUGGAAGGACAACAUCUGUGAGUUGAACUGCACCCGGCAUCUGGGAGAACAUGGAUACCUCAUUGAAGGUGCUGUAACUCUCAGCAGAAAAAUCCUGGAUAAAUACAUUCCUUACAACUACUGGGUGACCUGUGGGAAUGGGGAGUAUGAGUUCAUUUACAAGAAUUCAGUAUCCCAUAAUCCUGUGAAUCGCUGCUUAUUGAUAAAGAGUGGACUCCUCCAAAAUGGAGAGUGGCACCAGUACGAUGACAUCGUGUGUGCAAAGCCUUACACGAAGAAAAACUUGCAUCAGAAAAUUAGUUCUGAUAAAUACAAAGAACUGGUGGAGGGGAAGAAAAUUGCCGCUGAUAUUAUGUUAGAAAGUAUCUUCAGCAUUCUUGGGACCUGGAGUCCUGGCAGUCUGAGGAAUUUCUUCUAUCAGCUGAGGCAGUUCCAUUAUGUUGCAGUAGGCCAGCGGGUGUUUGAUGGUGAGGCAAUGGUAUGGAAAGAGCUAAACUUCAGCACAGAGCAGGUGAAUGAUUUGCUGUUAAAAUAUGUGAAGAAAAUAGCUCUCCCUUUCCUUGCACGAGAAGCAGCUCCAGAGGACAGAGUCAUCCAAAGCAAAUUGGCUGUGGGACUCACCAUUCUUGUGGUAGUUGAGAACUGUUCAGUCUCAGUACCUAAACGUGACCUGGCUGACCUGUGCAGCCUCCUGUGCUUGGAUCAGGUGUCACCACAAGAUGUACAGAAUGAGAUUGAUCAUAUCAAACAGGCUUUUGCAGGACUUUCCAACUUGAAGGUUGACCUGACAGACCUUUGCCAGAGGUGCAUGGAAUGUGACGUAGACCAGUGGGUGUGGGUCCUUCCCCUUCUGCAUUCCUUUGCUGCUCCCCUGCAGCAGGAUCAUGGGCUGGUGAAAGAGGAUGCCUGGGCAGGGCUGGAAGGGCUUCCAUUUGCUGAAACCAGGAGGAAGCGAGAUGUAGGGACCCUGCUGGCACGAAUGAGAGAAAAGAAAUACUUGGUGGAAUUAGAUGGGACUGUGGUUAAGUCCUGGCUCUGUGUGCUGCCCCUGUGGAGCCUGGCUGACUUCAUAAAAGACUUCUGCAAUGACCCGCUAGUUAUUCUUCAAGGUGUUUUGUACAGAUUGGAGAAUGUUGGGCUCUCAUGGGAUAACUCUCAGGUGGUAGUGAAGAUUCUAACCACAGUGCAGCACGCCUUGGGUGAGCCCCCAGCCAGACCUCUGGAGGCUCCUUCUUGGUGGUGCUGCUUGUCCUGCUGCCUCAGGCUGCACGAGAGGCUCUGCAAGGCUGCCAGGACAGUGGAGUUGUUCCUGAUCCCUUCCACUGCUGCCACCCUGAUUGCCAAGGUUGCCCAGCUUCAGCCCCCAGCAGUUUCAGGGGAUGCUGUGGAGGAAGUUCCAGUGGAAGAGUUGCUCAGUGGAGCUCUGAAGGAAACUCGUGCCUGGUUCGGAAAGGUUUUACAACACAAGUUACUGGAGAAGCACUCAGGCCGCGUGUUCUCUUUCUCCUCUGAACUUGGGGUCUGGGAUACGUUUGUGAAAAUCAGCUUUCCAGAUAAGAACUUCACCCAGAAAUGGAGGAAUGCUUUACUUGCAGAUCUGAAGAAAAGAAUCCAGCAGGAGCCUCCAGUGAAACAAAUCUUGGUGUACUGUUCUGAGCAUCAGGACAUCACAAAGAUGGACUCCUCCAUCAGCCAGUGCUUCCAGAGCUGUGCCCUAGAGGCUGUACCUGCAGCUUGCCAGAUGCAGAGCAAUCUCCUGGAGCAGAUCUCUGCCUACAACAUGGGCCAGUUCAGCCAGCUCGUGUCUGCUGUCAUGGUGAACUCGUGGCUAGUCAGGGCUGGGCAGUCUGAGGGGGAUUUUGAUACAAUUCUGCACCACCUGCUUACAUGGCCUGACAUCAAACAUAUCUUCAGCUUUAAAGGAACAAACGGAAACCUUCUGGACGAGCUCACAGAUGAAGCAAAGAAUGUCUUGGCCAUAGCAGAAUCUGCACUUAAAAGAGUCACCGACGACAUUCACAGCGGCUGCGUCCUCGUGAAACACCUGGAGGAGGUUUUCCAGCACAAGGAGCAGUUCCUCUGCAUUUGGGAGACAAUGCACCAGCAAUGGCCAAAUAAGGAAAAGGAGCAAUUCCAGAUAGGCCUGAAAGGAGUGCUGGCAUUGAGGCACGAAGAAGUCACACAGCUUAGAAGAGAGAAAGAAGAAAUAGGAACCUUCCUGAGAAUGUGCCGGGGGAUGCAGAAGCCUGUGAGAGUGGUUUUAGGUGAGGUGGAAUUUCAAUACUCAGUAGAUCUUCGCUCAAAAAGACUGGAGCAAGUUGUGAUGGUGGGAAAGAAACCCCUGCAGACCUUCUACAGCCUGAGCCCAGAGCUGAAAGAGUUUGUCCAAAAAAUGCACUUUUUUAAGGGCAGCCUUAUCUUCCAGCAGUUCUGGGAGGAAGCAGUAGAGAAGGUAGGAGAAAAGCAUGAGUGUGACUCUUCAGAGGAGAAUGAGGAGGAGAUUGUUCCUGAGCUGGACCUUAAUGAUAUUUUGAACAGCAUAAUCCGCCCUUGCUUCAACAGCUAUGCAAAGCUGUAUGAUGAACUCACAUCAGGAAGUCUCACACUUUUUGCAGUUGAUAGAAUUUUCCAGGAAUUCAGAAAUGAUCCUGAAGAUCUCACAGCAGAGCUGAACACCAUCUGUGAGCUUCGGCCUGCAGAGAACAGAGGCUGGGUUAACGAGCGAGUGCGGCAGAUCCAGUGGUACCAUGGAACUAAUAUAAGCUGUGAGGCUGCCAAGAUCAUUACCCGUGUGAAAGAGAGUUUAGACCUCUCUGGUGACUUCAGUAUCCUGGAAAACUUGUUGCAUAUAACAGAAAAGCUUGAAUCCUACAAGACCCAGAAGCUGGAUUCCAUCAGCCAUGAGCUCAUGGACACCAAGAAGCUGCUGCAGGAGAUCACUGUGCCCCGCCGUAGCUGUCUGAGGGAACUCGCCCAGCAGAAGAAAUUUGUCUGCUGGGUCAGAGAAGCACUGAAAGACAUAAAUGAGCUGAAGGUAUUUGUUGACCUGGCCUCUAUCUCGGCGGGGGAGAAUGACAUGGACGUGGACCGUGUGGCCUGUUUCCAUGGCGCUGUGCACGGCUACUCCUCCCUGCUCUACGAGCUCCACCAGGACUCGGGCUUCAAGGACUUCAUGAGCUGCUUGCCAAAGCUGUGGCGAGCCCUGGACAGCGAUAAAACCCUCCCCGAGAAACUGCGUGCCUCAGCUCAGCACCUGGAGUGGCUGAAGACAGUGAAGGAGAGCCAUGGCUCUGUGGAGCUGUCCUCACUGUCCCUGGCAGCUGCCAUCAACAGCAGAGGGGUCUAUGUGCUGAGGGCACCAGCUGAUGGCCAAAAGGUCUCCUUGGACAGUGUCCUGCACUUCACCCUCCCAGCGACCUCGGGGGACACUGAGGCCUCCUGGAAGUACUCGCUGGCAGAGCUCCGCGAGCUGCAGAACAAACUGAUGCUCAUGUCUGCCAAGGGAGAGCAAGGCCUGGAGGUGGAGAGGUUCUCUGAGGUCUUUUCCAAUGUUCAGAGACUUGCCCAGGCCUUUAUAGACCUUCACUCAGCUGGGAACAUGCUUUUCCGCUCCUGGCUUGCCCAGGUGUAUUGUUCACCUCACAGAGAAUCCUGUGUUCUUAUAGACUUCUCCCUGGGCCCCAUCCCAGUGCUGGAAGGGCAAGGGGAUAUGGCAGCUGUGCUCCCAGCCCUCUGCAAGACCAUGGAGAGUUUCCUGGAGAGCUGGAAAAGCUUCAUGAAUGCCAGGCGACGUGAGCAUUUCUAUCUGAACUACUACAGCGCGGAGCAGCUGGUGUACCUGUGUUCGGAGCUGGGCCGUGGCAGCCCUAGCCAGGCUGCCCUUAUGAUGCUCUCUUUCCUCAACCCCCACUGCACUAAACAGGAUGUCCUCACAGCCCUCAGGAGCCAGGGCCCUCCCAGAUCAGGGAAGGCUGGUUCUGACUUACAAGUGCUGCUGGAUGGGGAGAGGGACCUGAGCGCCCGGCUGGAGCGCAUCUGGGAGUGCUACAUGAACAACAUGGGCUCCUUCCUCCCCAACUGCCUGGACGUGGACACACUGAGCGUGUGGCUGAAGAACCUGGCCAGCAGUGGCAGGGAAUGUGUCACCAGAGACUUCCCUCAGGACCUGCUCUGUGUGGGCCAGCCCAACCUCAUCACCUGCCCUCGCUCUGAGGUGCUCAGCUCUGCCCUGGCCAUUUACAUGAACAGCCCCAAGCAGCCCCUUCCCACCUUCGACGAGGUGCUGCUGUGCACACCCCAGACCAGCGCAGAGCAGGUGGGGCUGUUCCUGCGCAGGUGCCUCAUUCCGUGCCAGGGUGGGGACAAGAUUUACACCAUGCUCUAUGCAGAUGAGCUGAGCUACGACGUCAGCUGCAGGACAGAGAAGCUGUUUCAGCACCUGCAGUGCUACAACAGCUCCUACAGGCUCAUCAUCCUGUGCAACUGCGAGCGGGAGAACAGCUACCUGCCCUCUGCCUUCAGCCACUACAAGGUGAACAUGAUUCCCCAGAGAUCACAGGAAGAUAUCCAGCAGUACCUGCAGCACCACUUCCGAGUGGCUCACCCCUCCAGCUCGGCUGCAGCUGUGUUCAAGGAGCACAUGUGUGUUGGGAUUGUGUCCUCCAAAAGAGCUGGCAUGGGGAAAUCUCUGUAUGUGAAGAGGCUGCAUGAGAGACUGCAAGAAGAGCAGCCUGACUGCACAGAACUUCUGAAAACCGUCAGACUUAUUGAACCAGAAGUGGAUGAAGAUAAAGUGCUAAAAUCUCUCCUGCCUUUUCUGGAGAGAGAACACCAGACAAAGCCCAUGAUAUUCCAUUUUGACAUCACCUCCUCAGUGCAGCGUGGAAUUCCAGAGUUUCUUUUCAAGCUGUUGGUUUUGCAGUACCUGACAGAUAAUAAUGGCAAUAUGUGGCUACGGCAGAAGUGUCAUUUGUAUAUCAUUGAAAUCCUGGAGGUGUCCCCAGUGCCAAAGACAGCAGCCAGAUCUACGUCAGUGCACCAGAAGUAUCACUUCUUGGAUGUGUUCCCUAAAAUAAUGUGCAAGUCUCCCAAAGAAGUGCUAGAAAUGGAGACACUUGAGAACCAUUCUGGGGAUGUGGGAAUGGACGAGGAGGAAUUUUGCAGUGAGGCUUUUCAGAGACCCUUCCAGUAUCUGAAGAGGUUUGACCAGGGCUGUGACCUGGACACGUUCUGGUACAAGGCACUCUCGGUGGAAGGCAGCCAUAAAGAAUGUCUGCAGCUCUUCCUUCUGCACUGCGGGGUUGUGGAUCCCUCCUGGGCAGAGCUCCGCAACUUCACCUGGUUCCUCAACAUUCAGUUGAGAGACUGUGAGGCUUCUGUCUUUUGCAGCCCUGGCUGUGUUGGGGACAUUUUGAAUGGGUUCAAGAACUUUGUGGUUGGCUUUAUGAUUUUAAUGGCGCGGGAUUUUGCGACGCCCUCCCUGAGCAUUUCCGACCAGAGUUCAGGAAGACAAUCCUCCCACCUGGAGAACGUCGCAGAGGAAGAUCUGUUUCCUUUCCACAUCAGGAAGAAGUGGGAGUCAGAGCCUCAUCCCUAUCUGUUUUUCAAUGGGGAUCGUAUGUCCAUGACAUUCAUUGGUUUCCACUUCCAUCGGACCAGAAAUCACGUUGAUGCCAUCAAUCCUCUGAAUGGGAAUGUCAUCAAGAAGAACAUCAUGACUGCCCAGCUGUACCAGGGCUUGUUACUGCAGAGGGUUCCCUUCAAUGUGCCCUUCGAUCAGCUGACCCGCAAUGAGAAGCUCGAGAGGCUCUGCAUGGUGCUGGGGCUCCCCAGAGUGUUUGACCCCGACAAGACGUAUGAGCUCACCACAGACAACGUGCUGAAAAUCUUGGCCAUAGAGAUGCGAUUCCGCUGCAACAUCCCGGUGGUCAUCAUGGGAGAAACAGGCUGUGGGAAAACCAGGCUGGUGAAGUUCCUGUGCCAGUUACGCAGAGGAUCUGUAAAGGUGGAGAACAUGAAACUUGUCAAGGUUCAUGGAGGCACCACUGCAGAAAUGAUCUAUGCCAGGAUCAGAGAAACAGAAGCCCUGGCUAAAUCCAACAAGGAGCAGCACGGGUUGGACACCAUCCUCUUUUUCGACGAAGCCAACACAACAGAGGCUGUGGGUAGCAUCAAGGAGGUUCUGUGUGACCACACGGUGCAGGGGGAGCCUUUGGUCUCUGGCUCUGGCCUGCAGAUCAUCGCAGCCUGCAAUCCCUACCGGAAGCACACGGACAGGAUGAUUGAACGCCUGGAGCUGGCUGGACUGGGCUACCGGGUGAAGGCUGACAACACCCGGGAGAAGCUGGGAUCUAUCCCACUGAGACAGCUUGUGUACCGGGUGCAUGCGCUCCCGCCCAGCAUGAUCCUGCUGGUGUGGGACUUUGGGCAGCUCAACAACCACAUGGAGAAGAAGUACAUCCAGCAGAUCGUGCAGCGCGUGGCGGAGCAGCUGCCCAUGGCCAAGGACGAGGUGAGGGUGGUCACAGAGGUGCUCUUUGCCUCCCAGCAGUACAUGAGGGAAACGGAUGAUGAGUGCAGCUUUGUCAGCCUGCGGGAUGUGGAGCGCUGCAUGGAGGUGUUCAAGUGGUUUUACAGGCACAGCCAUAUGCUGCUGAGGGAGCUGGAGAAGUGCCGGGCUGAGAGGAAAGCUCCCAAGGGCGGUGGUGACAGAAACGGUGUCAUCUGGUCCUUGGUGCUGGCGGUUGGGGUCUGCUACCACGCGUCCCUGGAAAGGAAGGAGCCAUACAGGACUGCCAUCAGCCAGGUCCUCCCAAAGCCUUACAAUACCCAGAAAAAGAUUUUGGAAGAAAUCUCCCUGAUACAGGACUUAUUCCUGAGUGGGGUGCCACUCCAGGAUACCAUAGCAAGGAACUUGGCCUUGAAGGAAAAUGUCUUCAUGAUGGUCAUCUGUAUUGAGCUGAAAAUCCCUCUUUUUCUUGUUGGGAAGCCUGGAAGCUCCAAAUCCCUGGCAAAAACCAUCGUGGCUGAUGCUAUGCAGGGCCAAGCAGCUCAUUCUGAUCUGUUCAAGCAUCUGAAGCAGAUCCAUCUCGUGUCUUUUCAGUGUAGCCCCCUCUCCACUCCAGAGGGAAUCAUAGGCACUUUCAAGCACUGUGCUCGAUUCCAGGAAGGGAAGAACUUGGAGGAGUAUGUAUCAGUGGUGGUUUUGGAUGAGAUUGGGCUGGCAGAAGACUCUCCCAAAAUGCCCUUGAAGACUUUGCAUCCACUUUUGGAGGAUGGCUGCGUAGAUGAUGUCCCUGAUCCUCACAAAAAGGUUGGCUUCAUCGGGAUUUCCAACUGGGCUUUGGACCCUGCUAAGAUGAAUCGAGGCAUCUUUGUGUCUCGUGGGGACCCCAGCAGAGAGGAGCUCAUUGAGAGCGCAAAGGGCAUUUGCUGCUCAGCACGAGGGGCCCUGCAGAAGGUCGAACAGUAUUUUCAUCACUUUGCAGAUGCAUAUGAAAACAUUUGUGAGGACCAAGACAGGGAGUUCUUUGGCCUGCGUGACUACUACAGCCUCAUAAAGAUGUUUUUUGCCUUAGCUAAGAGCUCCAAAAAGGACCCCACACCUCAGGACAUUGCCACAGUGGUUCUUCGUAACUUUGGUGGCAAAGAUGAUGUCGAUGCCUUGGAAAUAUUCACUUCCAAGUUGCCAGAAAAAGGGGAGAUACAGGCUUGUGAUAUCAGUAGGAUAGAGCUGAUCCGACAGAACAUUUACAGCAGUGCUGAGGAUGGGGACUGUAGGUACCUGCUUGUGUUGACUGAGAACUGUGCGGCGCUGCAGAUCCUCCAGCAGACUUUUUUCACUGCUCGACAGCAGCCAGAAAUCAUCUUUGGCUCCAGUUUUCCUAAGGACCAAGAAUACACCCAGAUAUGCAGAAACAUAAACCGAGUGAAGGUCUGCAUGGAAACUGGCCAGAUGGUUGUGCUUCUCAACUUGCAGAACCUCUACGAGAGCCUCUACGAUGCCCUCAACCAGUACUACGUGUACCUGGCUGGGCAGAAGUACGUGGAUUUGGGGCUGGGCACACACCGGGUGAAGUGCCGGGUGCACCCCAAGUUUCGCCUGAUCGUCAUCGAGGAGAAGGGGGUGGUGUACAAGCACUUCCCCAUCCCGCUGAUCAACCGGCUGGAGAAGCACUACCUGGACAUCAGCACCGUGCUGGACAAGGGCCAGAGGGAGGCCGUGCAGGAGCUGGAGCGAUGGGUGCAGGAGUUCGCGGUGGUCAACACGGAGGAGCUCUACAUCAGCCAGCAGCAGUACAGCCCUGCAGACGCGUUCGUGGGCUACCACGCCGAUGCCUGCGCCUCGCUGGUGCUGCAGGGCACGCAACGCCUGCGCCCGGCCUGCGCCCCUGCCGAGCUCCUGCCCCGCGUCACCGAGCAGGCGCGGCUGGCCCUGCUCAACUGUGCCACCCCUGACGCCGUCAUCCGCCUCCGCAACUCCAUGGGGGAGUUCAUGGCGCACUCCCUGGCCCGCACCUACUUCAGGCAGCAGCAGCACACCUCCUUCGCCGACUUCCUGGGCGCCCACGUGCGUGCAGAGGCCGGGCCCCAGACUGCCUUCACCGAGGUCACCACCUUCUCACGGCUGCUCACCAGCGCUGAUGCUGCCUGCCUGGAGAGGGAGGUGCAGGGCAAGGCCCAGAGGCCCCAGAUCCUGUUCCUGCAGCAGUUUGACACGGAGUACUCCUUCCUGAAGUGCAUCCGCGAUUUCCUGGAUUCCACUUCAGGAAAUAAAGUCCUCAUUGUUCAGACAGACUUUGAAGAUGGCUCUAAGGAUGCCCAUCUCAUCACCUCAGCCAGGUACACCAUUGUCAAUGAGAUCAACAAGGUGGACCUGGGGGAGGUCUCUGUCUUUGUUUACUUUAUCGUGAAGCUUUCCCGGCUGGAAGGAGGAACAUCCUACAUGGGAUUCCAUGGAGGGCUGUGGCAGUCGGUGCACAUCGACGACCUCCGCAGAUCCAAGGACAUGAUCUCUGACUUGACAGCCCUGCAGAACCUCACCAUCAGCCAGGUGUUCUCUCAGGAUCCAGGUGCAACCAGAGCUGCAGCUCUGCCUGCCAAUGGAGAAGCACAGCAGGAGGAGGUGGAGGUUGGAGCAUCAGUGCCAGGAGCAGAGCACCAUGAGGAUGAGAUCCUGGACACCACGGUGCUGCUGAGGACCUGUGUGCAGAGUGCUGUGGGCAUGCUGCGGGACCAGAACGAGGACCUGAGCCGGAGCAGGAGGCGAAUUGAGAUUCUGCUUGGCCUUUUCUCCGAAGAGGAUGAGCUGAAAGCCUCUUUCCUGAAGAUAACCAAGGCUCGUCUCUCCAGCCUGUUGAAGAAGCAAGAAGAAAAUUCCCUUCACCCAAAAAACUGGGUGCUUCGGGAAGCUUCCAACCUCACUGCUCUGCAGGAGGCAGGUUCCUUCAGGCACACCCUGUGGAAGCGAGUGCAGAAGGUGGUCACUCCCUUCCUGGCUCUCCUGAUUGCUGUCAUAGACAGGAAUGGCAAUCUGGAGCUGCUGGUCAGGUCAGGAGCAAACUGGGUGACAAAGCUGUGGAUGUUCAUCUUCAAUGACACCAAAUUCCUGAGUGCAGGGAAGAACAGCCCUCAGCCAGAGAUAAUCGUGGUGCAGAACAACAUGAUGGUAUCUGCUGAUGCUGGGAAUGAGAUACCCUUCAGCUGGAGGAUAAAGGAGUAUCUGGAAGAGAUGUGGUUGGAGGCUCAGUGCAUCCAAAACACUGAAGGACAUGCUGAGAAGUUUGUGGAAUACUUCCAGAAAACUGCCCUGGGAAAAUUCAUCUCUGCUCUGACUGGGGAAGAAAGGCAGUUGCUCUUUGAGUGCUACAUCAGAGACUUUGUUGUCUUGACCAUUGGUGUGUCCUCCCAGGAGCAGCUGCAGUGUCUGCGUGCAGCGUUCCUGUCUUGGGUUAAGGAGUGGAUGGCACAGUCCCCCUGGACAAAGGAGCUGGUGCCCUCCCUGCCCUGGGCCCACCUGGCACACAACCAGUGCAAGAGCCACCUGCAGAACUUCUCCAGGAUCCUGGCUGUGUACCCCUGUGUGACUGGCUACCUCCUGACCCCACAUGAAUGCAGAAUUCCAUGCUCUGAGAUGGAUCUGGACGUGCUGGCUGCCAUGGCGUGUGCUGAGGAGCUAAAGAAUCUGGUGAGGACAGCCGCCCCCGAGCUCUGGCUGCAGAGAGUGAAGAACCUCCAUACGCCCAUUGAAUUCCUGUGCAAAGAGGAGGGUGCCCAGCGUAGGGGCAGCCACUGCCAUCAGCUGCUGAGGGAGCUCAGGGCCUGCUGGAGCUGUGUGAUUGCCAUGGCACUUUUCGUGGAACACAUCCUGUUGGGCAUCCACUCCGUCAUGCCAGAAUUUGAGGAUUUAGUGAGAAAAUACACUUUGCUUCUUGCUGAGUGUUUCCAGUACAAUUCAGACAUGAAGUCUUAUCCAACCUUUUCUUUGGUGCUGACAGUGCUGCGCAAAUGCAAGGAUGAGGUCAGCAGCAGGCUGUACAGGCAAGGUCUGGAGCUGUGUCCCAUCUGCCUGCAAGAGCCGAAGGACCCCACCUGCCUGCCCUGCAACCACGUGUUCUGCCACAAGUGCAUCAGCCUGUGGCUGGUGCCAGCACAGAUGUACUGUCCCUACUGCAGGGUUGCUGUGGAGGAUGUGGAGUUAACUGUCUCUAAGGAGCUCAGAGCUGCCAGAGCAAAGAAGGCCCUGUUCCAGCAGAGGUGCAAUAAUUUCUUCAUUGAUGUGGUCACCACCAUGUGCUUCAAGGACAACAAGCCCCCUGAGCCAAAGGUGAUCCAGAGCCUCCUGGACCUGCUGUUUGCUCGCAGAGGAACAGUUUCGAAAGACCCAAAUGACCCUGCUGUCUACACAAAAUUCCUGUCCCCAUUUAAUGAUGAGGUGGAUGAAACUCCCAUCAUCCGCUCUGUGAUGCUGAAGCUGCUCCUGAAGUACAGCUUCAAUGAAGUGAAAGAUUAUGUGCAGCAUUACCUGUCCCAAGUGGAGCACAGCAGGCUCCUAGAGGAAAAUGAUAAAAAAGAGCUCUACUUGCUUUUUGUCAACUGCUUGGAGUGCCAGGGGCUGCUCAAAGCUCAGGAGGCCUCCAGCAGCCCCCCAGCUCUGAAAUCUGCCCAUCUGCUCCUGGCUAUCUUCAGAGAGGUCACUGCUCUGUAUGGGAAUCCAAGCCUUCAUCCCAAGAAGCAGCAAACAAAGGUGAUGACUGAAUUCAUCCAGCGCUCCCGAGUGCUGAAUUCCCCCGAGCUGCAGCACUUUGCAGUUGCCCUGGUGAAGAACACCCUGCCUGGGCUGGCUGUGGAGCCGCAGGGCCACAGCCAGCAGAGAGCCCUGCUGGAGAUGGCUGUGCACAUGGCUGCUGUGCUGCUCUGUGGGCACAGCCCUGUCCUGCAGCCCCUCAGGAACCUGGCCUUCCAGCCAAGCACCAUGCAGCACUCCUUUCUGCCCACGAUGCCCGAGGACAUGAUGGCUCAGGCAAGGACCUGGGAGAAAAUACGUGAUCUGCACUGGUAUGAAUGUGCCAAUGGCCACCCCUGCACUGUGGGAGAGUGUGGGCGCCCCAUGGAAAAGAGCCGCUGUCCUGAAUGCCACGUCCCCAUUGGAGGCAGAAACCACAAGCCCGUGGAGGGCUUCCGUCUGUCCAGGAAUCAUCAAGACAGAACUCAAACUGGCCACAUCCUUGCAGAUGUUGAGCACAGAAGGACACUGGGAAUAUCUGACAGGGGCAUGUCCUCCACAGUCUUUGUGCUGCUCCGUUUGCUCACCCACCUGUCCAUGCUGCUGGGAGCCUCGAGAGACCCUCAGUCCCUGGGAAGGAUGAUCAAGCCAACAGUGAAUGAUGUGAUGAGCUUCCUGAAGCAGCACAUUCAGGAGGACUUGGCACAGCUGACCAGGAGUCUGGGGAAGAGUGUGGAUGACACUAUCAACAUCCUGCACCUGGUGCUCAGCAGCUUCCUGCAGGCCCCCCAGCAGCAACAAGGCCACCGGCUGGUGCGGUUUGAGAGUCUGUCCACCAAGGAGGAGAGAAACAAUUGGGAAGAAAUUGUUGCAAACACAAUUAUUGUUCCUGAAUUGGAGGAUUUGGAUAAAAAGCUUCUCAAGUUAAACCAACGGAUACAAGAGGAUGAGAGAAUCUUUUCCAACCCCAUAGUGAAAAUAGUGUAUGGGGACCCAGCUGCAUUCCUGUCCCAGCUGCCAGGGGACAGCCACAUCCACCAUUCCAAGAUGUGGAGCUGCCGCAGGAAGGUUUCAGUGGAGAACCUGAGCCACGUUGUGCAGCAGAAGAAUGCCAAGGACACCGUCCCUCUCCUCUGGAAGUUCCUGCAGAAGGAAAGUGAGCUGAGGCUGGUGAAAUUCCUACCAGAGAUUCUGGCUCUGCAGAAAGAUUUGGUGAGGCAAUUCCAGAACACAGUAGAGAUCAAAGACUGCUCCAUUGGGGAAUUCCUCAGGGAAACCCACUCAGGUGUGAUGAGGGAGCUGUUAGAGAGGAGAGUGAAUGUGUUUCUGUCUGUCUGGAACAAACUGAGAAGCUCCCUGCACACCAAUGGGGAAAUCAAGCUGCCUGAAAGCUACUGUGAUGCUGAGCUGAGCAUGGACAACAGGCUGGAGGUGCUGCUGCCACGGCGGCAGGGGCUGGGGCUGUGCUCCACGGCGCUGGCCAGUUACCUCAUUGGGCUGCACAACGACUUCAUAUACUCUGUCACCAGAGACACCAAGGAGGAUGACAGGUACCUGGUCAGCCCCUCGGAAGUGGCCGACCUGCACCUGAUCAGUUACGAGGUGGAGAGGGACCUGAUCCCUCUGAUCCUCUCCAACUGCCAGUACAGCAUGGAGAAGGGAGGGGAGACCUUGCAGGACUUUGAUCUGGAGAGGAUCCAGCAGCAAGUGAUCAGCAAGUUCCUGCAGGGGAAGCCACUCAUCACACUAACGGGAAUCCCCACCCUGGUGUACAGACAUGACAGGAACUAUGAGCAGCUGUUCAGUGAUGUCAAGAACAAGCUGGAGCAGAGUGCUCUGCCCAAUUCUGUGAUGAACAUAAUCACGGGGGAGCUGCAGUCCUACAGUGAUGUGUGUGAUGCUCUGUCCCUCACUGAGAUUACCCUGGGCUUCCUGGCCAUUGCUGGUGAGAAUGCUGACAUGCUGUUGACUGAGUACAUUGAGCAAGUUCUGCAGAUGGGGGAUCAGACAAACCCUCACGUGCUGCAGGCCCUCAGACGGUGCCAGCUCAGGCACAGCAUGGCCCUGUGGCAGCUCCUUUGUGCCCACAAAUCUGAGCAGCUGCUACGCCUCGGCAGGGAUCCUUUUGCAGAUGUCAGUCCUGGCUACACAGAACAGCUCACCCCAGAGCUUGUCAAGCUCUUGCACACCUUCCUGGUCCACUCCAGGCUGGAAACCUUCCUGCAGGAGCUCCACGAAAUGAUCAUCCUGAAGCUGAGAAGUGUCCAAGCUGUGGAAGAAUUCAAACCCACGUGGAGCCUGAAAGAAUCACUCGUGCCUUACCUUGAUGCCAAAGACUCUGAAUUAGCUGCGGAGCUGGAAGACACAUUCCCAGAUAAGAUUCUUCUGUCUCAUGCUGCUGAUACCUGGAAAGCAGCUGCUGUCUUCAAGAGGGAGCACAGAGACAGUUAGGACAGAACCCUGCCAGGGAAUGCCACAACACCCAUGUCAAGGCUUCUGGAACUCGGGGCAUUUGUUUGGGGCUUGUUGGUUGUUCUGUGGGUUUGGGGUUGUUGUUUUUACACCUGAUGUGAAGAGGAGAGUGGCUGUGGAGGAGGAGUGUGGGAAUCUAUAAAAUCAGAGGGUUUUGGGAAAGCUGCAAAAGGCAGGCCUCAGAGACAGGAGAACUGUGAUUAGAGCUAAGCAGUAGCCAUAAAAUGUCAGCAGAAAAAUUACAUGAAAAGUAAGGACAAAUGGAACAAUGGUCUGUGUAUUAACGCUUGUCCACAAGAACUCCCUAAGCUGCAGAAAAGUAUAUCUAGCAAGAUAUUAGAAAGUUCUAAGCUUAAUAAUGGAGCUCUGUGCGCUAUGUUUUAAGGCUUACAAACAGGUAUUGUAUUAGAAAUAAGCAAGUGUUGUUUUAACCGAAGGUGCGUGCGCCUGUAAUGAUUUGAUGCUACUGUCAGCAUGCUUUUGCUUUGUGCGAUUGGUCAAAAAACUUAAAAAGUAAGUUGUAACAUUAAGUUCUUGGUCUGCUGCCUGGGAUGUGAGCUGAUGGAAUCUUCCCAUUGUCAUAACCAUGUAAUGAGACCAAUGCUGGAAAAUAAAACGGCUCAAGGCACGUUCCUAGCA